CGCCAGUCAGUGUCCUGUUAUCCCUCGGACACACGGCAGCCGGAGCAGAAGAGCACAGACGCUCGGAUUGCAAGAGGGAGUUUCCUCAGUCAGGAUGAACUUUGCUGCCCAGUUAUUCUACUCGAGAUACCUGAGCGAGCGACUGGAACGUCUGUUCUCACCUAGACCUGCAAUUAAAGACAGCGAGGACCAUGACCCCUUCUGGGAGAGAGAGGAAUUGCGUUUGGGCCCCAGUCAGCCGGGCAGCUCUUACAAAUCUGUCUGUAACGGCACUGUGGGCCGCCGGCCUACUCUCAUUGAACCAGAGCGUCUCAAAGACUUUGGUGAGGAGGAACUUCUGAAUGGAGAUGUUAAGUUCUACGAAACCAAAGUGGUUGCAGCUCCUCAGGUAAAGCUCAUGGAUCCCCCCAAAACCAGAAGAGUAAGUGAAUUCAGGAUCAUUCCCAGACCUCCAGUUCCGUACCUUCGCUUUGAGGACAUCAGUGCAGCAGCCUUCAGGAUCCAGUCAGUGAUACAGAAGACACCUUGCACGUAUUCCAGACUGUCCAAACAGUACGGGAUGGAGAUCUUCCUGAAGAAGGAGUAUCUGCACUACACAGGCUCUGUGAAGGAGAGAGGAGUGCUGUACCUGCUGACCUGCCUCACACAGGAGCAGCAGAGGAAGGGUGUGAUUGUGGCCACCGACUGUAACUUUUCCAUGGCCGUGGCUCACCAUGCAGUACAGCUGAAGAUUCCAGUGUUUGUCAUCAUGCCAUCAAGCUGUUCUUCUCCACGUCUCCGGACCUACCGAGACUACGGUGCCAUGGUCAUUUCAUACGGCGGCACCAGUCAUGACUCCCAAAAUCAUGCCCGCCAUCUGGCCAAAGAGAACGGAUACCUUUAUCUAGAAGAAGAUGAAAGUGCAGCUUACCUAGCAGGACUGGGCACUGUGGGCAUGGAGAUCUUUGAGCAGGUGCCCAAAGUGGAUGCAGUGAUUGUUCCUGCAGCAGGACAGUAUGGACUUCUGGCCAGCACCGCUGCAGCCAUCAAACACUUCAACUCUCAGAUUCUCGUUGCAGGAAUUGAACCAGAAGAUUUCCCUCUGCUGCUACAAUCGCUGAAGACCGAUGGACCAAUCAAAAACAUGCACAGCAACCCCAAUAAGAAACUUUAUGGAGAUUUUAACGAGCAUUCGCUUGGUGCAAACACCUUCCAACUGGCCAAGAAACUGAUAGACAAGGUUAUACCUGUCAGUGAGGAAGACUCCCUGGUGGCGAUGCUGCGAUUUCAGGAGGUAGAACACUCCACAGUGGACACUGUGGGAGCAAUGGGACUGGCUGCCAUAUUGGCAGGGCAACUGCCAGAACUAAGAGGGAAAAGGGUGGUUGUUGUGGUGAGUAGCGCUAACAUGGAGCCGGACCUGAUGAGGCAGUGUGUGGACCGAGCUUUGGUGUUGGACGACCGGGUCAGUAAGUUCUCUGUGCAACUGGGAGAAUGGCCAGGAGACAUGGCGAAACUGUUGGACGUACUGUCCAGAGAGGACGUCAGGCUAUUGGAUGUCUGCCAUCGCAGACACAUUGACAAGUCAGAUGUCUUCAAAGCAAAGGUGGAGUGUGUGGUGGAAACCAGGGAUAAGACACAAAGUGCUCAGAUGCGCAAGACGCUGAAUGAGCGCUACCCUUCGAUAUGCUGGCUGGAUCGGUGAUCAAAACAACAUACAAACCAUGACACAAUAGAAAAAAGUGGAAUGUAAAUAAACCUGGAAGGGAUUCCCAACACAUCCUUAACUAUGACAUAAACCAACCUCAUGAAAUGCUUGCACACCAGAUAUUAUAGAGCAAUUAUUAACAUAAAUUACUUCUGAUUAUCUGCGAAGACUGGACUGGAUCGAGCUCUUACCAGAACUUUACACUGAAUUAGCUGCAGGUUGGACGGUAUGGAUAGUUACAGCCUAAUUCCCCAUUAACAUUAUACAGGCAUCAAAUAAAAGUAAUUAUAUUUAUAUAAGUAUAUAUAUAUUUUUAAAAUGCUGUACAUACGUCUAUAUUUAUACGCCCCAGUGUAUUAGUAUUGAAGAAAGAAUGCUCUCAAAAUAAAAGCAAAAAAAUUUAUAUGUCUGUUUUUAUGCUGUUUGUGUGCAGAUUUCUGAAAGAAAAUUAAGACUAAAUGCAUUUAUUGUGUAAAUAAUUAAGAGUAAAAGUGACAGAGAAUGCUGGGGUAAGUUGUGUCUGCAUCAUCCACCGCUGAUUUAAUGGCCUGAGACAGCUGUAAUGGUGACUGGGCUGCUUAAGAUGAGCUAAAGCUCUUAUUGUCUUUAAGCAGAGGGCACCGUGACCCUGUGCUAUCGUUGCUGUGUGGUACUUUGAGAUAUGGUACCAUGUAAAUUCUUAGGUGGAGAUAUGCACUGUCCUUCCAACCGAAGCUCAAAUAAAAUUCUGGUGACUAUCCAAACAA